UCCUAUCACAAUGGGUGAUCAAAAGUAUACACGGUUAGGUGAUCUGAUAAGGAAAGCGUUGGGGCCGUCUCUUGGGACCACUGCAGAAGAAAAUGCUUUUGGAGCUGCUCAUGCAAAGCCUCCCCUUGCGGUAGCUACCGAGGAAUUAAAACGGUUUAAAGCAAACGUGUUGGAUGGCUCUAAUAAGGCCCGGAGUAGGGCAAAAAAGAUUGAAGAAUCCUUGCACAAUCUGAACAAGUUUGUUGAGGCUUUAAAUCCAAAGAAGUUACCGCGGAGUGAGAUGCUAACAAAUGAAAGACCUGGUGGAACGAAUAUGUUAAAGAUGGGAGCUUUGAUGCAACGAAAAUCUCCUGACCUUUUGCCUCAAAGACUGGAGGACAGAACUAAAAGUGUAGGUCUGAAUAAAAGAGUUCGCACUUCAGUAGCUGAAACAAGGGCUGACCGAAGUAAUGUUCCUGCAAGGCAGACUCUAGUCAUGAUAAAAGAUAGAGACAUGCUGAAAGAUGGUGGUGAAAAUUCUGAUGUGGUUGAAGAAAAGAUCCGUAGACUGCCUGCUGGAGAAGGGUGGGAAAAAAAAAUGAAAAGGAAGCGUUCAGUUGGCACUGUUUUCACCAGACCUAUGGAUGGUGAUGGAGAUCUUAAACGGGUAAUGCAUCAUAAAGUUAACAAUGAAUCUGGUCUGCCGUCCUGUGAUGCCCAAGGCUUUAGACCAGGAUCUUCUGUUGGUGCCAAUGGCAUUAAUAAGUUAGAUAAUACUUCCUUGCCUGCUGGUUCAAAUGUCCGUGCAAUUCCCAAGAGUGAUUUGGAGAAGGUUUCUCUUUCAAGGGAUUUUAUGGCUGGCUCAAAUAAGGAGCACAUCAAAGGAAACAAGUUAAAUAUACGUGAGGAUAGUCAUUUAGUCAGUACUGGUCCAUUGACAAAAGGAAAGGCCUCAAGGCCACCUCGAACUUGUCCUGUAAUGGCAGCAAAAUCUUCUCCUAAUAUUCCUCGUCCAUCUGGAGCAGAUGGCUGGGAACAACCUCCAAGUAUAAACAAAAUUAAUUCUGUGGGUGGGGCUAGUAAUCGCAAGCGUCCUUUGUCUGCAGGAUCAUCCUCUCCCCCUAUAACUCAGUGGGGUGGUCAGAGGCCACAAAAGACCUCACGCAGCCGAAGAGCCAAUUUGGUUUCUCCUGUCUCAAACCUUGAUGAAAGCCAAACAUCUUCAGAGGGUUGUACGCCUUCUGAUUUAGGUGCUAGAACACCUACUAUUGGGAGCAAUGGAUUGCUUAUUGCCAGAGGCAUGUCUAAUGGCACCCCACAAUAUAAGGUGAAGCAGGAGAUUGUUUCAUCCCCUGCCAGAUUAUCUGAAAGUGAAGAAUCUGGUGCUGGGGAAAAUCGUGAAGGUAGGUUAAAGGAAAAAGGAAUAGGUAGCAGUGAAGUAGAGGAAAGAACCACUAGUGUUCAUAGUGGUGGUCCAUCCUUGUUGCUUACAAAGAAGAACAAAGCACUGAACAAGGAAGAGAUUGGAGAUGGUGUGCGUAGACAAGGUAGGAGUGGACGAGGCUCAUCGUAUUCUAGGGCUAGCAUUUCACCACUGAGGGAAAAGUUGGAAAAUUCAUCCUCAUCAAAGCCACUUAAAAGUUCAAGGCCUGGUUCUGAUAAGAACGGAAGCAAGUCAGGGCGUCCUCCACUAAAGAAAGUGUCAGAACGCAAGGUCUUUACUCGUCUAGGUCAUACAUCAAUGGCUGUUUCCCCAGAUUUGUCUGGUGAUUCAGAUGAUGAUCGUGAAGAUCUCUUGGCAGCUGCAAAUUUUGCUUGUAAUUCCAGCUAUCUUGCCUGUUCUGGUUCAUUCUGGAAGAAAAUGGAACCGAUGUUUGCUUCAAUCAGCUUAGAGGAUGUAUCCUACUUGAAGCAACAGGGUGAUCUUGUGCAUGAAGAUUUUCUGUCUCAGAUUCUUGUUUCUGGUGAAAAAGACAGAAGCCUGCAAGGUCAGAUUCAGUCAAAAGAGUCGACUAGGAUUCCUGAUCUGGGUGAUCAAGUUCAGGACAAUGGUUUCUUUUGUGGAACAACGGACUCCGAGAGUAGGAAUGAAGAUACUCCAUUGUAUCAAAGAGUGCUUUCAGCUCUGAUUGUGGAAGAUGAAAUUGAAGAAUUUCCAGAUAAUAGUGGAGGGAGAAAUAUGUCUUUCCAAUAUAAUCGGGAUGAUUCUCCUGGUGGUACAUGUCUCCUUAUUGAUGCUGAUUCUAGGAAGAUGGAUGGGAUGGAAAUUGAAUAUGACUCCAUGGGGGGUCUUCAGGUUCAGAAGCAAUCUUCUGUUGACCGAUUGGCUUGCAAUGGGACUGCUACCUUUAACAGGGGCAAAAACAUCCAAAAUAGAUUGUAUAAUGAUGAUUUUGCAAAUGGAGGGACUGGGCUCAUGCAUUCAGAGAUUGGGAUUUUGACUGAGUUUUCCGAAAAUGGCGGUAAUCGGCCACAAGCUCUACAUACAAAUGCUUUUGGCAUUGAUUCCUUUGAUUGCCGAUAUGAUGACAUACCUCUGAGAGACAAACUUUUGCUGGAGCUGCAGAGUAUUGGCCUGCAUCUGGAAGCUGUGCCUGAUCUAGCAGAUGGAGAGGAAGAAACAAUUAAUCAAGACAUUGUUAAACUACAAAAGGGACUUCGCCAACAGAUUGGUAAAAAGAAGGAACACCUAAACAAAAUACUCAAAGCAAUGGAGAAAGUCAAGGAAACAGAAGAACGGGGCCUUGAGCAGGUUGCAAUGGACAGACUUGUUGAGUUGGCUUACAAAAAGAAGCUGGUCACCCGUGGAAGCAGUUCAAAAAGUGGGAUCACCAAGGUUUCAAAACAAGUUGCUUCGGCUUUUAUGAAGAGGGUUCUUGCAAGAUGUCAUAAAUUUGAAGAAACUGGAAAAAGUUGUUUUGCUGAGCCUUCACUUCGAGAUGUCAUUUUUGCUGCUUCUAGAAAUGUGCAGCCUGAAACUGUUAGCUCUCAACCAGUGCCUUCAGUGUCAGGCUCUUUCCAUGGUAAGAAUUUCCAUGGUGAUAAAGUUGACGGGGGUUCAUUUGACUCAUUUGAAACUCAUGUACACCCCAUGGACCAAGAUUUUGUCAAAACUGGACCAAUAUUCAACAGAGGGAGGAAGAAGGAAGUGCUACUUGAUGAUGUUGGUGGCAGUGCUUCCCUGAGAGCUGCAUCAGCUCUCGGCAAUACUUUAUCAGCUGGUGCAAAGGGGAAGAGAAGUGAAAGAGAAAGGGACAAAGAUACUUCAGUCAGAAAUUCUGUUGCAAAAUCUGGCCGUGCAUCGAUGAGUAAUUUUAAGGGUGAGCGUAAAAUGAAAUCAAAGCCUAAGCAGAAGACAGCUCAGCUGCCAACAUCAGGAAAUGGAUUUGUUGAUAAGUUUAUAGAACCUGGUCAUUCUGUGUACUCUGCUUCUAAUGUUUCUAAGGAAGGGGUUAAUGGUGGUGGCAAUAAGAAGAGAGAACUUGGAUUGAUCUCUCAUGAUAAUGUUACACAAAAUUCUACUGAAGUAAAGGAACAAUUUGACUUGAUAGAAGAACUUGGUGGCGUAAAUGACCUGAAUGAUCACCAAGAUCUAAGUACUUUAUUCAAUAAUUUGAAUGCAGACGACUUACAAGACCAAGACUUAAUGGGUCUUCAAAUACCUAUGGAUGACCUCUCGGAGUUAACUUUGUUUUGAUGAAGACAGUAUACUGUACAUUCCCAUGGUUUAUUCAACUGUUUAGAUAAGAAUGAUAGUGCUCUUGUCAGGGGACAAACUGCUAAUAUAUUUAUGCCUCUGGCAAAUUGGCAUUUGUAAUUAUAUCCAUUCUUUUUGUAUACUUCUCUAAAGAAGUUACAGAGAUACUCCUAAUUGUUUGUAAUUUAGACAAUUUGUCCCCUUGUAACAAAUCUCAGCUUCCUCAUAGGGCCUUUUUGUUUUUUUCUUACCAUGUCUUUACAGUUCUGUUGAGUUCUUAAUUACCUAGGAAUUUAUUUUUCUUACUGGAACUACUUGUCAGUGCACUUUG